AUGGACAGGAGGGUAGAAGCCGUUCUCCGUGCGUGCGUUGGUGUCGGGCUCCUGCUGGGCGUGGCUGCUGCUGAGCCCCUCCCCAGAUACACCCCAGCAGGCAUUCCUGGCGUCGAUCCGACGCAGGGGGGAGUGUGGCCCAAGCCGCAGUACGAACAGCGGUUCGGGGGGUCGGUGCUCAUAGUGCCAGACAACUUCACAUUUGAGACAUUAGGGCCAGAGUGUGCCAUACUGUCAGAAGCCCUGUCACGCUAUGAAGCAAUCAUCAGAGAAGAUGCAGCAACUGAGGGUCCACGUGAUGCUGGUGAGGCCUCCAUGCAGAUGACUGGGAUGCAGGUCCAUCUCGAUGGCGAGUGUGGUGAUCGACCGUUCUUUGGAAUGAAUGAGUCCUAUGAACUGAGAAUUAACAGUCCAGAUCUCCCAGGUGCAAUAGUUUUAAGUUCUGCCUCAGUGUGGGGUAUCCUGCGAGGUCUUGAAACGUUUUCUCAAGUUGCUACAAGGGUGAAGACUGCAGAUGCUCUGGUAGCAGAUAAUCUACUGAUAGUUGACGCACCACGUUUUAGCCACAGAGGUCUGCUUCUCGACACUGCCCGCCAUUUCAUUCCAAUGAGCUACAUAAAGAAGACUUUGGAUGCAAUGGCCUACAAUAAGAUGAAUGUCUUUCAUUGGCAUAUUGUUGAUGAUUCAAGUUUUCCAUACCAGAGUGCUGCUUUUCCUCUUCUAAGUGAAAAGGGUUCUUAUGACAAAAGGAGAUAUGUAUAUAGUCCUAGUGACAUUGCUGAAGUAAUUGAGUAUGCUCACCAAAGAGGAAUAAGAGUUGUUCCAGAAUUUGAUUCUCCUGGACACACAACAUCAUGGGGAAAAAGUUAUCCGGACUUGCUGACAACAUGUUAUGAUAAUGAAACUGGGUCUCCAGAUGGCACAUAUGGACCAAUUGACCCCACAAAGAACUUCACAUAUGAAUUUCUUCAGACAUUGUUUCAAGAAAUUGUGGAUGUAUUCCCUGAUGAGUAUUUCCAUAUUGGUGGUGAUGAAGUAGGAUUUGACUGUUGGGAAAGCAACCAAGAUGUUUUAGACUUUAUGGAUGAGCAUAAUAUUACAGAAAGCAAAUAUCUUGAAAGUUAUUAUAUACAAAGGAUUCUUGGCAUUGCAUCAGAUCUCAAUGCCAAGUCCAUAGUGUGGCAGGAGGUCUUCGACAAUGGAGUUGAACUUAGUGCUGACACUGUUGUCCAAAUUUGGAAAUUUGGCCGAAGAAAAGAAUUGAAUGCUGUAACUGCUGCUGGUCACUACACAUUGCUGUCACAGUGCUACUAUCUGGAUCGCUUCAGAUAUUUUGGUGGAGACUGGCAUAAAUUUUACAACUGUGAGCCACUGGAUUUCUCAGCAGACAAUGUCUCCCAGUAUGAUUUGGUGAUUGGAGGGGAGGCUGCAAUGUGGUCAGAAUUUGUAGAUGAAAGCAAUGUGGAAUCAAGAGUAUGGCCUCGUGCUUCAGCAGUGGCUGAAAGAUUGUGGUCACCAAUGAAUGUUACAGAUAUAGAUGAAGCAGCUACACGAAUUGAAGAACACUACUGUCGACUGCGAAGACGUGGUAUAAACGCACAACCCCCAAAUGGACCAGGUUAUUGUGUUUAACUGGCUAAUAUCUGUUGUUUCAAAAUUCUGUCUGUACUUUCUACAAACAUUAUAACAGUGUAUAAAAGACAACAGGGUGGACUGUCAGUGUGAAGACAAAUAACAAAGUGAUGAGAAAUAAUUUUUGUAAAGAAAUUCCCCGAGUGGCAAUUCUUCAGAAAACCUGGAAUUCUCAGGGAAUUUCAGGGAUUUAGUAAAAUCUCAGGGAAUUCUGCAUUUUUAACGUAGCUUUGAAACUGAAUUUUAUUGAGUUUUAUAAAUCACAAAUUUUAAAAUACUUAAUGGCUUAAAGUGUGUUAAAGUUUCAUAUAAAUUAUUGAUGUUUACAAACUUCAGUUAAGCUAGUGAUUAUGACUGGUAUAUUUCUCAUUUGAGAGGAAGGAAGUCAUUAUUGUGAUAUGCUGAUCACACCACCACCACCACCACCACCACCACCACCACCACCACCACCCAACCUUUCUCACUGUUAAGCUUCUUGACUCUAGAUGCCAUUUUCCUCAUCACAUCUGGAAUUCUUGGGGAAUUUUUUUUUCCACAUUGGAGUAGCCACCCUGUUUCCUCCACUGAAGUAGUAUUUAAGUACUGAAAUAAUGCUGUGUGCAUUUCUGUGAAUGUUUCUUAGUUCUUAAUUUCCUAAGUACUGUGCAGUGUCAAAUUUGUAUCACAUUGAGUAUUAUCGGAGACAAGUAUUUGAUCUUGAACUGUCUUGAGAUAUAAUGAACUAGUGCCCAAGUGUGGUUCAAAAUAAAUAAUGUAAAAGGAAAAUUCAGUUGAGGUGAAUCAAACCCAAGGAUGAGAGUGUGGGUCCUUCUCAUCCUAGGGUCUGAAUGAACUUCCCUUUCUUUUUAACCUUCCCUAAUGUAUUUCUCUCUCCUCCCCAAGGGAGGAACAAAUAGUACCAAAGCCUAGGCUAGUAUGACCACUUAUAUAUGUAAAGACCUUGGGUGUAGACAAUGGUAAAGCAAAAGUUGGUUGUUUUGAAAAAUUGUACAAGAAAGUUUCACUAAAAUCUCGUAAGAUAUUUCAAGUACAUCCAUUAUGAUUUUUCUUAA